GAGCUGAGCGCAAGGCGCCUGCGCCCUGCGGCGGCCGAUGUCGCUAUAAAGGCUUGUUUUGCUCCGAUGCUGAUGCUCUGGAGCUUGGUUGAGUGGCCGGCUCUCCUGUCUGGGGGCUGGGGCGCAGAAACCGUGACGAAAACUGAGUCUGUGAGCCCUGGCACCUGCAGUCCGCAAAGAUGAAGGACAUCGACAUAGGAAAAGAGUACAUCAUCCCUAGCCCUGGCUACAGAAGUGUCAGGGAGAGAAGCAGCGCCUCGGGGCAGCGCCGAGAGCUCCGAGAGCGGGAGCAGGAUCGGGAAGAAUCCAAGUUCAAGAGAACUCGACAGUUGGAAUGCCAAGAUGCCUUGGAAACAGCAGCCAGAGCCGAGGGCCUUUCCCUGGAUGUCUCUAUGCACUCCCAGCUCCGCAUCCUGGACGAGGAGCAUCCCAAGGGAAAGUAUCACCACGGCUUGAGCGCGCUGAAGCCCAUCCGGACCACUUCCAAACACCAGCACCCAGUGGACAAUGCUGGGCUCUUCUCCUGUAUGACUUUUUCGUGGCUUUCUCCUCUGGCCCGCGUGGCCCACAAGAAGGGAGAGCUCUUGAUGGAGGACGUGUGGUCUUUGUCCAAGUGCGAGUCCUCCGAUGUGAAUUGCAGAAGACUAGAGAGACUGUGGCAAGAAGAGCUGAAUGAAGUGGGGCCCGGCGCUGCCUCCCUGCGAAGGGUUGUGUGGAUCUUCUGCCGCACCCGGCUCGUCCUGUCCAUCGUGUGCCUGAUGAUCACGCAGCUGGCUGGCUUCAGUGGACCAGCCUUCGUAGUGAAACACCUCUUGGAGUACACCCAGGCAACAGAGUCCAACCUGCAGUACAGCUUGCUGUUGGUCCUGGGCCUCCUCCUGACGGAAGUUGUGCGGUCCUGGUCGCUUGCAAUGACUUGGGCAUUGAAUUACCGAACUGGCGUCCGCUUGCGGGGAGCCAUCCUGACCAUGGCAUUCAAGAAGAUCCUUAAGCUAAAGAACAUUAAAGAGAAGUCCGUGGGUGAGCUUAUCAAUCUUUGCUCCAACGAUGGACAGAGGAUGUUUGAGGCAGCUGCUGUUGGCAGUUUGUUGGCUGGAGGACCUGUUGUUGCCAUCUUGGGCAUGAUUUAUAAUGGAAUUGUCCUGGGACCAACAGCUCUCCUGGGCUCAGCUGUUUUUAUCCUCUUCUAUCCAGCAAUGAUGUUUGUAUCGCGGCUCACUGCGUAUUUCAGGGGAAAAUGUGUGGCCGCCACAGAUGAGCGUGUCCAGAAGAUGAACGAAGUUCUCACCUACAUUAAAUUCAUCAAAAUGUAUGCCUGGGUCAAAGCGUUUUCUCAGAGUGUUCAAAAAAUCCGAGAGGAGGAGCGUCGGAUAUUGGAAAAAGCUGGCUACUUCCAGAGCAUCACUGUUGGUGUGGCUCCCAUAGUGGUGGUGAUUGCCAGUGUUGUGACAUUUUCUGUUCACAUGACCCUUGGCUUCGAUCUGACAGCAGCACAGGCUUUCACAGUGGUGACUGUCUUCAAUUCCAUGACUUUUGCUCUGAAAGUAACACCAUUCUCAGUGAAGUCCCUCUCAGAGGCAUCGGUGGCUGUUGACAGAUUUAAGAGUUUAUUUCUAAUGGAAGAGGUUCACAUGAUAAAGAACAAACCAGCCAGUCCUCACAUCAAGAUAGAGAUGAAAAAUGCCACCUUGGCAUGGGACUCCUCCCACUCCAGUAUCCAGAACUCGCCCAAGCUGACCCCCAAAAUGAAAAAAGACAAGAGGGCUGCCAGGGGCAAGAAAGAGAAGGCGAGGCAGCUGCAGCGCACUGAGCAUCAGGCAGUGCUGGCAGAGCAGAAGGGCCACCUCCUCCUGGACAGUGAUGAGCGGCCCAGUCCCGAGGAGGAGGACAGCAAGCACAUCCACCUGGGGAGCCUGCGCCUGCAGAGGACGCUGUACAACGUCGACUUGGAAAUCCAAGAGGGAAAACUGGUUGGAAUCUGUGGCAGUGUGGGAAGCGGAAAAACCUCACUCAUUUCAGCCAUUUUAGGCCAGAUGACACUUCUGGAGGGCAGCAUUGCAAUCAGUGGAACCUUCGCUUAUGUGGCCCAGCAGGCCUGGAUCCUCAAUGCCACUCUGAGAGACAACAUCCUCUUUGGGAAGGAAUUUGAUGAAGAAAGGUACAACUUGGUGCUGAACAGCUGCUGCCUGAGGCCCGACCUGGCCAUCCUCCCCAACAGCGACCUGACCGAGAUUGGCGAGCGAGGAGCCAACCUGAGCGGUGGGCAGCGCCAGCGGAUCAGCCUCGCCCGGGCCUUGUACAGUGACAGGAGCAUCUACAUCCUGGACGACCCCCUCAGUGCCUUAGACGCCCACGUGGGCAACCACAUCUUCAACAGCGCCAUCCGGAAGCACCUCAAGUCCAAGACGGUUCUCUUCGUCACUCACCAGUUACAGUAUCUAGUUGACUGUGAUGAAGUGAUCUUCAUGAAAGAGGGCUGUGUCACGGAAAGAGGUACCCACGAGGAGCUGAUGAAUUUAAACGGGGAUUACGCCACCAUUUUUAAUAACCUGUUACUGGGAGAGACGCCCCCAGUUGAGAUCAAUUCAAAAAAGGAAGCCAGUGGUUCACAGAAGAAAUCACAAGACAAGGGUCCGAAAACAGGAUCAGUAAAGAAGGAGAAAGCAGUGAAGCCAGAGGAAGGACAGCUUGUGCAGUUGGAAGAGAAGGGGCAGGGCUCAGUGCCCUGGUCGGUGUAUGGUGUCUACAUCCAGGCUGCAGGGGGCCCGUUGGCAUUCCUGGUCAUCAUGGCCCUUUUCAUGCUGAAUGUGGGCAGCACCGCCUUCAGCACCUGGUGGUUGAGCUACUGGAUCAAGCAGGGAAGCGGGAACACCACGGUGACCCGAGGGAACAGGACCUCCGUGAGCGACAGCAUGAAGGACAAUCCCCUCAUGCAGUACUACGCCAGCAUCUACGCCCUCUCCAUGGCAGUCAUGCUGAUCCUGAAAGCCAUUCGCGGAGUUGUCUUUGUCAAGGGAACACUGCGAGCCUCCUCCCGGCUCCAUGACGAGCUGUUCCGAAGGAUCCUUCGGAGCCCUAUGAAGUUCUUUGACACCACCCCCACGGGGCGGAUUCUCAACCGGUUUUCCAAAGACCUGGAUGAAGUGGACGUGCGCCUGCCGUUCCAGGCGGAGAUGUUUAUCCAGAACGUCAUCCUGGUGUUCUUCUGCGCUGGAAUGAUAGCCGGCGUCUUCCCGUGGUUCCUUGUGGCGGUGGGGCCCCUCACCAUCCUUUUCUCAGUCCUGCACAUCGUCUCCAGGGUCCUGAUUCGGGAGCUGAAGCGUCUGGACAACAUAACGCAGUCGCCAUUCCUCUCCCACAUCACGUCCAGCAUACAGGGCCUCGCCACCAUCCAUGCCUACAAUAAAGGGCAGGAGUUUCUGCACAGGUACCAGGAGCUGUUGGAUGACAACCAGGCUCCCUUGUUCCUGUUCACCUGUGCGAUGCGGUGGCUGGCUGUGCGGCUGGACCUCAUCAGCACCGCCCUGAUCACCACCACCGGGCUGAUGAUUGUGCUCAUGCAUGGGCAGAUUCCCCCGGCCUACGCAGGUCUCGCCAUCUCCUACGCCGUGCAGUUAACAGGACUGUUCCAGUUCACGGUGAGACUGGCAUCUGAGACAGAAGCUCGAUUCACCUCGGUGGAGAGAAUUAAUCACUACAUUAAGACUCUCUCCUUGGAAGCACCUGCGAGAAUCAAGAACAAGGCGCCUCCCCCUGACUGGCCCCAGGAAGGAGAGGUGACCUUUGAAAACGCAGAGAUGCGGUACCGGGAGAACCUCCCUCUGGUCCUGAAGAAAGUGUCCUUCACCAUCAAACCCAAGGAGAAGAUCGGCAUCGUGGGCCGGACGGGCUCAGGGAAGUCCUCUCUGGGGAUGGCCCUCUUCCGGCUGGUGGAGUUGUCUGGAGGCUGCAUCAAGAUCGAUGGAGUGAGAAUCAGUGACAUCGGUCUCGCUGACCUGCGGAGUAAGCUCUCCAUCAUCCCUCAAGAGCCGGUGCUGUUCAGUGGCACCGUCAGAUCAAAUUUGGACCCCUUCAACCAAUACACCGAAGACCAGAUCUGGGAUGCCCUAGAAAGGACGCACAUGAAAGAAUGUGUUGCUCAGUUACCUCUGAAACUGGAGUCAGAAGUGAUGCAGAACGGUGACAACUUCUCGGUGGGGGAGCGGCAGCUGCUGUGCAUCGCCAGGGCCCUGUUGCGCCACUGCAAGAUUCUGAUUUUAGACGAGGCCACAGCCGCCAUGGACACAGAGACAGACUUGCUGAUCCAGGAGACCAUCCGAGAAGCAUUUGCAGACUGCACCAUGCUGACGAUCGCCCAUCGCCUGCAUACGGUUCUCGGCUCUGACAGGAUCAUGGUGCUGGCACAGGGGCAGGUGGUGGAGUUUGACACCCCGUCGGUCCUCCUGUCCAAUGACAGUUCCCGGUUCUACGCCAUGUUCGCGGCUGCAGAAAACAAGGUGGCUGUCAAGGGCUAACACAGCGCCCCGCAGAUGCGGUCUCCUCUCGGGGCGUCGCCAUCCCUGCCCGGGGCGGGCCCCUCUUCGUGUCCUGCCGAAACCUUGCCUUUCCCGAUUUUAUCUUCCGCAUAGCAGUUCAGGAUUGGCUUGUGUGUUUCACUUUUAGGGAGAGUCCUAUUUUGAUUAUUGUAUUUAUUCCAUAUUCAUGUAAACAAGAUUUAGUUUUUGUCCUUAAUUGCACUCUAAAAGGUUCAGGGAACCGUUACUAUAAAUGUAUCAGAGGCCUAUAAUGAAGCUUUAUACGUGUAGCUAUAUCUAUAUAUAAUUCUGUACAUAGCCUAUAUUUACAGUGAAAAUGUAAGCUGUUUAUUUUAUAUUAAAAUAAGCACUGUGCUAAUAACAGUGCAUAUUCCUUUCUAUCAGUUUUGUACAGUGUGCUGUACUAGAGAUCUGGUUUUGCUAUUAGGUGGUAGGAAGGGUAGCGUUUUGUUCUCUAGCUGGUUUCACGGUGCUGGGCUUCUGGGUGUCCAGAGGAAGACAGGUGGCGAUCAUGGGCCCUCUGUGGCCCCUCUGCAGCCUCCCCGUACCACUCCAGGGACGAGGGCCAAGGCGGGCCGUGCAGGCUGCGGGAGGCCUUGCAGAGCGCCAUGAAUUCUCAGGGCUCCUGCUCUGUGUCCCGGUGUCACCCCCUGUCCUGUCAGGAGAUGUCUCCCUCGCUCCGUCACAGGCACUUUCCCCGGAGGGCGAGCUCCUCUCCUGCUGUUCCUCUCACCGUUAUCUCUAAACCAGAACCAGUCUGUGCACAGUGUCCCACUGCCUCAGGUUCCUAAAGCUGGCCACUGCGCAGAGCUCUCCAGCUCCGAGACCCGUCUGUGCCAGCCAGGGGCCGGCUGCUGCUUCUUCAGGUGGUACUUCGGUUUGCCUGUUCCCACGCCUCUGCAGCUCAGGGACGGGGUUCGGGGUCCCGUGGGCCUCUGUCCUCCUCACUGCAGCUGCUGCACAGUCUCCCCUUCUCCAAAGUCUGCAACUUUCAGCAGCUCUUGCUAAGAAUCAGUGUCUCACACUGGCAUAGAAGUUUUUUGUACUGUAAAGAGACCUACCUCAGGUUGCUGAGAGCUGUGCGGUUCGGUGUGUCCCCACAGACCCCUCCGUGCUCUGGGGCCCCUAGCUCAGGUGGGCGUGGUCGCUGCUGUCAUCCGUCCAGUGGUCAGCGCUGCAUGUCGUGACCAACUAGACAUUCUGUCGCCUCAGCAUGUUUGCCGAACACCUUGUGGAAGCAAAACUCUGAAAAUCUGAAU